AUGAAUUUUUAUUCUACGAAUGCUUGGAAGGAUGCAGUCCUGGACAGGAUAAAAUUCACCAACAUUCCAGACGCUUAUCAAGCUCCUGCCCACGAUACUGUCCUCUUCGUCGGGGAAGAGAUCGUUCUCAACACAUUGCGUCGGAAAUACGCAGAAUUCCCACAGAAAUACUCGCCGCUUCGGAAAAACCUCGUCGUCGUGCGGCGUACAGCAUCUAUGGGCCUAGGUGCAUUUGCGAAGCGCCGGUUCAAAGUCGGAGAUACAGUUGUGCGCGAACGCCCGUUCCUUAUUGCUGCAGUUGAUAUCCAGAACGAUCCAUCACUUGUUGGGAGGAAAUUCAACCCGGUCAUAGGCUCUAAGGUCCUUGGUGAGAUGUUGAAGUCAGUCGAACGACGUUUUCUUCCGUCGAACCGUACUGGCUUUGUGAAUCUUAGCACAGACUACUCACUGAAUCCAAUCACUGAUAACUCGAAGGAUAUCUUUCAAUCCCUAUAUGUCCUUUGUUAACAUUUGAUGACUCACAUACCAUCUAUGGAACAUUGUUCUCUUGUUACAAACCACUAUCUCACUAUCGUGUUAUCAGUCUCACCGUCGUGUUAUCAAUCCCACCAUCGUGUACUAUUACUAUAGGACUACCAGUAGGAUACAUCGUAUUGUACUUCCUUUCUCUCUCGCUACGUUUAGCU